CGUUGAAAUUUGAAUAUCGGUGAAAAAAAUUGUUAUAUUCAAAGUGAAUCAGCGUAAAUCAGAGUAUCCUUAUUCGAUUUUAAUACGAAUUUAGUGAAGUGAAGUGAAAUUUGUUUUUCCUGGAAGGAUUUCUUAUGUGAUAAUUAAAACGAAUUGAAGAAAAAAUGAAAGGAAGGACGUUCAUUUCUCUAUUUAAAUUUUGUAUUGCGUUAAUUUAAAAACGUAGAUAAACUGUGAAAAUUUUGGCAGAGCGUUGAAAUUUGAAUAUCGGUAAAAAAGAGUUCAAAUUCAAAAUGAAUGAGCGUAAAUCAGAGUAACCUCAUUCGAUAUCAAUAUGAAUGGAGUAAAGUUUACGUAAAGAUCGGUUCAAUUAAAUAUCAUAGUUCAUGUAGAUAACCUGAAAACCGUCCAUAUACAGCGGUAUCGAUUUUUCCAGUUAGGGAAUAAUGCGCGUAUGCAUAAUUGACCCGUAUAUCGACGAUUCGAACGAUUAUCGAACUAGAGAGUUGCCGAAAGGAGAAAAAGUCAAUCCUAUGAUGGAAAACUUCAAUCGUGAAUCGAAUAUGAGACAGUGAAAAAAAAAUAGGAAGCCCAAAAGGGACAUUAGUUCGAAUAAUGCAGUUGGUAUGGUAAGUUGUAAGUUUUCACCCUUAUCUAGUGUGACAAGGGUUGGCGAGGGGUGAGGAAAGCGCAGCACGAGGGUACGAAUAGAAACGCGCGCAGAACCACCUGGCUUCGUCUCGCGCUCCCCAUUCAAUUUCGUAUCGACCGGCUGUGAGUAACAAUUUCUGCACUCGAACAAAUCGAAAUACCGAGUCGAAUAUGAAAAUCGGUAAAGACACGCGGUCUGUAAAUUGCUAUCAGCGCCACUCGAUGUGAUAAGUGACACUUCCUUAUCGAUGUAGUGAGAUAAGAUCGAAGGGCGGUCGCCCCCAAUCGAAAAACGCAAAAAAAAAACAACAAAUAUAUUCGAAUUUUUUCCAACAAUCCAAGCCGUGCAUAGGUCGCAAUACGAACGGGGUUAGAAGAGUCGGUCGAACGUAUAUUGUGAACGUCCAGUGUAUAUAUUCCGAAUAUGAGCGCGUUGUUGGUGUUUACAUCAAGACGCGUCGUUGUCACGUCGACUUGUCGAAGUAUUAGCCGUCCAAUAUGAUGGACAAUAUCGGAAAGAUGAUUGAGCAACAAACGCUCCAAGAACAGGUCGAUUCUGGGGACGGUGUGGCGCAUGCGACAUCAGGAGGCAUGGAGACGCAAGCCGUCCGCAUGAGGUUGAUAUCGCGUGCCGUCGUGGAGCGGCGUAUUGUCAAACAGGAAGACAACGAGGGCAACCUCUCCGUCAUAGUUCAGCCCCAGGAGGAGUCGAGAGACUCCGAGCUGUUAAGCCCUGGAAAGCUGUCCCCAACAUCAGUUAGUGUAUCUGGAAUUAUGGACAGUAGUGACUUCAGGAGCUUGCAGCCGGAGCCAACAUACCAAACAUUAACUUCUGUCAACGGGAGGAUGUCACCACCUGGAUAUAGCCCUAGCUCUUCGUACGCUACGUUAACACCACUCCAGCCUCUGCCGCCGAUCUCCACCAUGUCCGACAAGUUCUCCUAUGGCCACGGUAACGUUUCCGGUUCCUUUACAGUGAUGCAAAACAACGGCUUAGGAAUCGGACUAGGUCUCGGUGUGAAUGUGAACACGCCGUAUGCAAUGCCUUCUAUGGGAAUGACCCCUCCACAUAACUAUUCCUCUCCAGGUAUGGCGAUGCAACAAACCAGCCCUAUCAGUCCCCAAAGUGCUUACAGUCAAAAUGGUUUACCGUCCCCGCAAAAAAGUAUAUCACCUCCAAGCUAUGAAUCCUACCCAUCUCAAAGAGAACUCGUUUCUCGUACCUUGCAAAGUCCCCAAUUAAGUCCUCCUACCGCUUCGCUGAAUUCACCGGACGGUACACUUGUGACCAGUUUUAGUGGCGGUACAAUCAAUGGUUUAACUCUUCAGCAUCAUACCCCAACUUUAGUUCAAAUUGCACCACCUCAUAGAGAUUGUUCCCCAUCGCCGCCAGUUAUAACGCUUCAGCAAUCGUCUCAGCAAUCACAACAAAAUCAACAAGUUCAACAAAAUCAACAACAAACACAAACAAUGCAAGUUACCGGGAAGAGUGGACAAAUUUCGAACAAUCAGUCAAUCAGUGUGCCGGCAAUAAGUGCAGACGUUGAGGAAAUAAACACCAAAGAACUGGCCCAAAGGAUCAGUGCUGAACUAAAAAGAUAUAGCAUACCUCAAGCUAUAUUUGCCCAAAGGGUGUUGUGUAGGUCACAGGGUACUCUUUCAGAUUUACUUAGAAAUCCCAAACCAUGGUCCAAACUCAAAUCUGGAAGGGAAACUUUCAGGAGGAUGUGGAAGUGGCUACAAGAACCGGAAUUCCAAAGAAUGUCUGCUCUUAGGCUAGCAGCUGCACAGAUUCCACAACGAGGGAUAAAUGAAACCCAUUUUGUAGGUUGCAAACGGAAAGAAGAUCCUUCGAGCAAUCAGGAACAAUUACCUACUCCCAAGAAGCCGAGAUUGGUUUUUACAGACCUUCAACGACGUACUCUGCAAGCUAUUUUUAAGGUGAGUGAAACGAAAAGGCCUUCGAAAGAGAUGCAGGUGACAAUAGCAAGACAGCUAGGACUGGAGCCCACAACAGUUGGCAAUUUCUUCAUGAACGCACGAAGAAGAUCCAUGGACAAAUGGAAAGACGAGGAUCCAAAGAAUGUAAAUAGUUUACUACACGCUGAUAUGUCGCCAGGAAUGGAACAAGAUGAUCCUGAUCAAGACGAUAUGGACAAUGAUUUAGACGAUCAAGACGAUGUGUUGUGACAUGUAUUCCGAAAUCGUCAAUUGUUGAUGCUGUGACGCUGAAAAUAGUGAUAUGGCACUGAUAGCUGUAGAAAUUUAUAGUGUUGAUAACACCCACUCAUUUGAAAUACCUUGUUCGAAUGAAAUUUUAUUGUUCUAUUUUUGGUCAUUUGCGACUGAUUGAGAAUGAGAGAUCUUCGAUUUUGUUUACAUCGUUAGUGAUCUUCAAACCCCCCCUAGAUGACUUGAUUUAAACUGAAAUUUUGGUAAGCCUUCGUCGAUCAUUUUGGGGAUGUUCAGUGCACUCUCGAAAAAUACAUUCAGCACAAUUAAUUUUUUUUUUAAUUCAAAGUGCUUAUCAUGAUCUCAAAUGAGUUUAUUAUUGAAUUAUAGAUUCAUACCUUCACAUUCCAUUGAAAGUAUUAACAAUAUUAUAUAUAGUUAUUUUCACAAAUUCAACAUAGCUGAACUUUCAGAGAAAAAUAUAAUAACAUAUUAGAGCCCUUUUGAGUGAUCAGAAAUUCUUCUUUGUUAUGAAUAGUAACAGGAAUUUAUAAAAAUAAAAGGGACAUCUAGUUAUAUUCAAUAUGAAAUUGUCAGUCUUAAAUUAUUUCUGUGAAUUAUUCAAUGAAUAGGUCAGCUAUCAGCGAAUUUAUAUUUAUUGAAAGAGUACCUCACAUAAAGCUAGUCAGAACCAGAUUUUAAACUGUAAAUUAUUAUUCUUUGUUUAAAAACUCUUUGGAGAUAUAUUUAUUAUAUAUUUAUUGAAUCUUAUGUUAAACAUAAGAAUAGAAUUGUUUUCGCUAUUUUAUCACAUUUUUUUUGUUUUGAAUUGAUUCAUUUUUAUGUUACUAUUACAAAAAUUUAAAAAUAAUAAUGAAGUAGUAAAUACACUGUUCCAUAUAGUCAUUCGAUCUUUCUGCGCAAAAAGUAUGAAAUGUACAAAUAUUCCUAUAUUUUAUUAAAAAGUCUAAAGUCUAUAUUUUAGCACAACAAAAUGUUUGUAAUUAGAACUAGGUUUAACUUGUACAAAUACAAAUUUUAAUAGUCAUUUAAUUGUACUUUUUGUGAAAGAAAGGUUGUCGAUAUCAACAAAUCAGACCAAAAAGUCUCAUGUGUGUAUGUGAAAUUUAUAAUGAAAUUAAAUCACUCGAAUGAAAGUGUUCAUUUUGAUUUUCAAUAUACGCACAUCUCCAUUUUCAACCCAAUCGUUUGCCUACCCACAAGCAAAAUCGAAUAUUUAUUGACAAUUAGACG